AGAGGGAAACUCAGUCACGCAUGCGCUGUAGCAGCUACGUGCCUCCAGCCAGCACAUUCUUGCUCUGUAGCUAGCCGAAGCUAAAAGGCUAGCCCCUAUCUGCUCUAACGGUCCGAUCUAGACCCGGUCCAGACUCCAGGCCCAACUCACGGUAACACGGCACCGGUUCUGACCCGGAAGCUGUGCUGACUGCUGAGUACAGCUACAGUUGUAUCGGCUGUUAGCAUCGGCAGGUAGCGUUAGCUUUAGCUCCGCCUCAGCAGCAGGGAAUCAAAACAGAGCUAACAGAAGUUAGCAGCCUGAGAGCUGGACAACAUGGCGACGGAGGAGAAGAAGCCAGAGACAGAAAACAUCAAACAGUCGUCGUCAGGGUCCGGCAGCAAGUCCAAUCCGGCCAAAUCAAACUACACCGUGAAGUUCACGCUGGCCGGACACACGAAGGCCGUCUCGUCUGUCAAGUUCAGCCCCAACGGAGAGUGGCUCGCCAGCUCCUCUGCCGAUAAGCUGAUAAAGAUCUGGGGAGCGUUCGACGGGAAGUUUGAGAAAUCCAUCGUCGGACACAAACUGGGCAUCUCGGAUGUCUCCUGGUCUUCAGACUCCAACCUGCUUGUUUCUGCCUCCGACGACAAAACGCUAAAGAUCUGGGACAACAGCUCUGGGAAGUGUCUAAAGACUCUGAAGGGUCACAGUAACUACGUCUUCUGCUGUAACUUCAACCCUCAGUCCAACCUGGUGGUGUCUGGAUCGUUUGAUGAGAGCGUUCGUAUCUGGGAUGUUAAGACGGGGAAGUGUCUGAAGACUCUGCCGGCUCACUCUGACCCCGUCUCUGCCGUUCACUUCAACAGAGACGGCUCGCUCAUCGUCUCCAGCAGCUAUGACGGCCUCUGUCGUAUCUGGGACACGGCGUCGGGACAGUGUCUGAAGACUCUGAUUGAUGAUGACAAUCCUCCGGUGUCUUUUGUCAAGUUUUCUCCUAAUGGAAAAUACAUCCUCGCUGCUACGCUGGACAACACACUGAAGCUCUGGGACUACAGCAAGGGAAAGUGUUUGAAGACGUACAGCGGCCAUAAGAAUGAGAAAUACUGCAUCUUCGCCAACUUCUCUGUCACCGGAGGGAAGUGGAUCGUGUCGGGCUCCGAGGACAGCAUGGUUUACAUCUGGAACCUUCAGACCAAAGAGAUCGUUCAGAAACUACAAGGACACACGGACGUGGUGAUCUCGACCGCCUGUCAUCCGACAGAAAACAUCAUCGCUUCAGCCGCUCUGGAAAACGACAAAACCAUCAAACUGUGGAAGAGUGACUGUUAGACCGCAGGAGACCCUGGAUCUGGGUCCACAACCUGAACUGUCCUGCUUUAACACACACACACACACACACAUUAUCUCUGAUAUCCACAUGAACACAGACCCGGUCCCACUGUGUCCCCGCUUCACACCACAGACCUCCUCAGUCUGUUCCCGCUGUAAGACUCCAAUCACAGGAUUUCUGAGUGAGGUUGGGUUGGAAGUCAAGCUGGAAAAGGACAAAUCACUUGUUUAUAGGACCAUCUUCUUGUUAAAAGAGCCUUUAAAGUUCACUGUUGACCCGCCCAGACCUUAUUAAAUGUAUUAUUUUAGCUUCAUUUCUCAUCGUGUUCAGCCCGUCUGCUCUUAAACCCCAGACCAUCCUGUCUCAGGCCUCGGGCAGCGCACAGCUUUUAUUUUGCUCAGAUGAAGACAGGAAGAGGCUUUUAUUUUGAAUUUCCUGUAGUUUACGUUGAAUGCUUUGUGAUCAGUGGCGCUAAGUCAGCACUUCUGCCCUUUCACAUUAAAAGACUUCCAGUAGUUGAGUUUACAACAAAACUACAGAAGUUAUGUUUCUCCUUUUAAGAUGAAGAUGUAUUUGUGCAGUUUUUGUUAUUGAUGUAAUUAUGAUAAUUAUCCAAACACAGUCAAGAAAAGAGUGAUAAAUAUUUUAAAACCAGAGGGGGGGGGGGGGACUAACCAACUGCACAGAGAAAUGGAAGUUGUUCUUUUGUUUAAAGAUAAAAUCAUUUAAAACCGUCUGGGUUGAAAACCACUGAACUUACCUUUUUCAUUUAAAUUAAAACUAAAAUAUAGUUUAUCGGCUGUUUGUGAAGCCGGGACACGCUGCGUUCACUGACUCGCUGGUCUGUUGGAAAAAAUACAUCUUCAUCACAGUGCAGAAAAUCAAUGAUCAAUAAUGUUUGAAGGAUUUCAUCAGUUAUUUGUAAAUAAAGAUUUUUUGA